CACUGGACGCGGCGGUGGCGGAGGGAAAGCGGCUUGGAGCCCAGGCUUUUCCUCCCCCGAGGCUUUGACUUCGGUGGAGUAUUGUGAGAUGUGGUCACGUUUCACUCCGCCUCCGGGCCUGGGGCUGCAGCUGCACCGCGGGCGACGGGCAUAGCUGAGAUGGAGAGUCCAAAUCUUGGGGAUGGCGGCGCGGAGACCCUCAUUCCAGACUCGCCGUGGGAUCUCCGCAAUGAAGAUGCUGCUUUUGGACUGGGAAGAGGAGAAGAUGAAAACGAAUCAAGAGUGCUAAAAAGAAGCAGUGAGUGUAGCCCCCUUCUCCAAGAACCUGUUGUUUCUGCUCAGUUUGAUGGUGCUGCAGUGACAGAAUGCCAUAAGCCUGUCCCAUGUGGAUGGGAAAGAGCUGUGAAGCAAAGGUUGUCUGGGAAAACUGCAGGAAGAUUUGAUGUGUACUUUAUCAGCCCACAAGGACUGAAAUUCAGAUCCAAAUGUUCACUUAUUAAUUAUCUUCUCAAAAAUGGAGAGACUUCUUUUAAGCCAGAAGAUUUUGAUUUUACUGUACCAACUAAAGGGGGCAUCAAAUCAGAACAUAAAGACAGCAGCCUGGCAGUUCCAACUUCCAUACUGCCAAGUGAAAGUGCCAUUUCAAACCAGAACCUUAGGACACGACACAGGUGGAAAACACAUGUGUUGCCCCUGCCAGGUGGCAAUUCAGAGUUGCAGGAUAGCAGGCCAUCUAGCUCUAACUCUGUUCAUCUGCUGCUGACAGAAGAUGAGGACAUACAUCAUGGUAGCCCCAGGAAGAUUAGAAAAUCAGAAAGAAAAGUGACUGUUUGGAAAGGAAUUCAAAGUAGGAAAACCAAACAGAGGUGCAGGCAGAGUCCUUCAGAUUCUGCUCAAAAUGACAGAAAAAGAGAAUCUGUGUUUCAUAAAGCAGAGGCUGAAAGUGACCCCAUUCCACAAGAAACUCAGCUCAAUAGAACUCUCUGCAUUUCCAAUGCCCGAGCAAUCGACAAGACUGUCAGUGAGGCCAGUGGAGAAAAGGGCCCUGUGAAAGAAAAAUCACUGAGGUCAGAAUCAAAUCUCCUUUCUGAACAAGUAACUUCUGACAUCACAAACAAAUCAUGUUCAACUGAAGAAGCAGGUGAUGUGAAGCAUGAGGCUCCCUUUUUAGAAUCAGAGGAAGUCAUAGCAGAGGUAGAAGAUGGGAAAAGGAAGAAGCAUUUGCAUAUUGAAGAUUUAAAAUGUGGCUCUGAAAUGCCCAGCUGCUCACAAGCUGAGAAGCACUUUGCUUCUGAGACAACGGUUCAAGAAGACACCAUCCCACGAACACAAGUAGAAAGAAGGAAAACAAGUCUGUAUUUUUCCAGCAAGUACAACAAAGAAGCGCUUAGUCCCCCAAGACGCAAAGCCUUUAAGAAGUGGACACCUCCUCGGUCACCUUUUAAUCUUGUCCAGGAAACGCUUUUUCAUGAUCCAUGGAAGCUUCUCAUCGCGACUAUAUUUCUCAAUCGGACCUCAGGCAAGAUGGCAAUCCCUGUGCUCUGGGAGUUCCUAGAGAAGUACCCUUCAGCUGAGAUAGCACGAACUGCAGACUGGAGAGAUGUAUCAGAACUUCUUAAACCUCUUGGUCUCUACGAUCUCCGUGCGAAAACCAUUAUCAAGUUCUCAGAUGAGUAUCUAACAAAGCAGUGGCGGUAUCCAAUUGAGCUUCAUGGGAUUGGUAAAUAUGGCAAUGACUCUUACCGGAUCUUUUGCGUCAAUGAGUGGAAGCAG